ACGUUUACUAGACCAUUAUCAGUGUAAUUGGUCAACUUUGACAAUUGGGUAAAUUUAUUUGUGAGAUCAGUGAGUGAAUUUGCAAAAUAAGUUGUUUUAAACUUCAUCGAAGAAAAAUUCCCUAAAAAAAUUUCGGAAAAAUAAAUCAGAAUGAAGAAAAAAGUGCUGCUCAUGGGUAAAAGCGGCUCGGGCAAAACCAGCAUGCGUUCUAUUAUAUUUGCAAACUACAUAGCCCGAGACACAACGCGUUUGGGUGCAACCAUUGACGUUGAGCACUCUCAUGUACGCUUUCUGGGCAAUCUUGUACUCAAUUUAUGGGAUUGUGGCGGCCAGGAGGGCUUCAUGCAGCAAUACUUUGCUUCACAGAGAGAUAAUAUUUUCCGUAAUGUUGAAGUGCUCAUAUAUGUAUUUGAUGUGGAGAGUCGUAACUUGGAACUAGAUGUGCACUAUUAUCAGUCAUGUUUGGAAGCAUUGUUACAGAAUUCACCGGAAGCAAAAAUAUUUUGUUUGAUACAUAAAAUGGAUUUAGUCGCCGAAGAACAACGAGAAUCUUUAUUCAAAGAGCGCGAAGAGGAUCUCAUUAAGCUAUCCAAACCGGGAAAUGUUACCUGUUUCCGUACCAGCAUUUGGGAUGAAACUUUGUACAGAGCUUGGUCAUGUAUCGUCACCAUGCUUAUACCCAAUGUGGCCGUAUUGGAGAAUUCUCUAACCCACUUCGCCAAUGUUAUUGAGGCCGAUGAAGUGUUACUUUUUGAAAAGGCAACUUUUCUGGUGAUAUCGCACUGUCAGAGCAAAAAGAACCGCGAUUCGCAUCGUUUUGAGAAAGUCUCCAAUAUAAUAAAACAAUUUAAAUUAAGUUGUUCGAAAUUGGGUGCCAAAUUUCAAUCGAUGGAGGUAUGCAACAGCGCAUUUGCUGCUUUCAUAGAUACCUUUACCAGCAAUACCUAUGUAAUGGUUGUCAUGUCUGAUCCAAAAAUACCUUCCGAAGCAACAUUGGUUAACAUACGUAAUGCGCGCAAAUCUUUUGAAGAGUUAGAAAAUCCGAAUAGCAACGCAAUGAAUCAUCAUCAGUAUCACUGAUAUAGGAUGUAAGUGCACUGCACUGCACUGUUUAUGAGAAGCUUUGAAAUUAAAGUAAAAGGGUGUGGAAAUAUAUACUUCUUUUCGGUGGUUUUCCUUAUAUGUAUUAGAAGCAAAGUUUUACAAUUCGAAACAAUUAUACCAACACCGAUUUAUAUUUGAGCUUAAAUAUAAGUAUAUAUAGUAACAACAUACAAUAUUUUCUUACAUUUAAAACAUAAUAUAAGCUCCAAAACUCAAAAGGGUGUUUGUUAAUAUUUUAAAACCUACCGAAAUAUUAGGAAUGUCAUCAUUCACCAUCUACAACAACGCAGCUCAGCUCCUUUCUUUUUCUCAAUUUUGAGUACAUAUUUUUAUUGUUAUUAAUUGUUGCUUAAUGAAAUUUAAAAGAUUUUUCACGCUUUAUUAUAUAAAUAUAAAAUUUACGAUACAGAAAUGUCUUUAUAUGUACAUUACAAUAAUGAUGUGGAAAGCUAUUACAAUAUACUAUCUUAAAUUAAUAUAAGCGGUUAAUAAAUCAUUUUUACAACUAUACCACUUAUUACUUUUUUAACUCUUAUUAAAUAUACAUUUGAGAAUAUAAAUUUCCAAUCAAUGCGCAUCUCAACUUAACAUGAUGCCCUUACAGCUACAUAUACAUACAUAUGUAAAUAGAAAAUUUAAAAAUUUUUAAAUUCAAGAAUUUGGCUAGUAUUGUUUUGUACUGCAUUUAAAUGCAAUUUAUUCAGAUUCCUAUCACAGUCAACGUUUUUUCAUUGAUUAACACUACGCGCAUAUGUUAUAUUAUUUUAAUAUUAUGGCCGUCAUGAGUAAUAGCGGCGCACUUCUUCGGUAAGCCGUCCAACUGUACUCUCAUCAACUGGAAUGAAUCGUUUAGCACCACGACUAAAAUAAUAAACAUCACCAGUGUAAAUAUCAAACCAUAGCGCGUGUAUAUGGAGAUCAUGCGAUUCAAGUCGCUUUUUCAAGAAACCAUACGAAGCCACAUUCGAUAAUUGCUGUAAUGUAUUGAUCUGCGACAAUUUAUCCUCCAUAGCAAAUUUAUUUUCCGGAUCAAUAUAAGCCACAAAACGACGUAGAGGUGUUUCAGAUGAGAAUGACAAAGGGCCUUGCAUGCCUUCAUCUCUCCAGGAUUUAAAAUGCUCGAGACUACUGUUAGCGUGUGUCCACAUCCAGGAACGUAGCGGCGAUAAACGUCUAUUUAACUACAAAAAUUAGCUAAGGUAAAUAAAUAGUUUCACAAUAAAAAAAUCACACCAAGAACAACUUACUUGUGAUGAGUAUUCCUCAUCCUGUAGUUUAUAUAAUAAGUUCAUCGCCUUGCAAUCGCUAUGACCGCACACAAUAAUAUGGCGUAUAUCGUUGAUGACGCAUCCCAAUUCAAGUGCUGCUGGUUCACAGCUAAAGUAUUCAUCCUGAAAGUGUUGGGCAUGUGGUAUCACAUUUCCAGCGUUACGCACU